GCUUUACAUACUUCUUUCAAGCAAAGCCAUCUAAUAUUCCAUCCUGCAGGCCGUAUCCCGCCCCGAGAUAUAUUGCCUAUCUACCUUGCACCAUGAUUCUAGGAGACUUUUCUGCUUGUAUAUUCGUGGAUGGCGAGGAGCUCCCAGAGUAUGAUGUUGUCGUUUCCAGUACGCCAACAGAGAACAGAAUAACGUGUUGGAUCGCGUCAGAUGCAGGCAAGAAAUUUGGAGUCAGGGCGAAGUUUUUAGCCCAGCAGACCUCGGGGGGCUUGGUAACCGUCUUGGUUGACGGUAAUCGCUGUCGUUCAUACGUCAUGCCUCCGGGCUGGAUUGGUACGCAGGAAGUAACAUAUCUGAGCAAUAGUUAUGUCAGAAGACAUUUCAUGUUCUCCCAACUUGAGCUUACUGAUGACGACUCAAUGCUCGAUGAUCGAAGCGCAAAUGAUAUAGGUCAAAUUAUGAUGGAGGUAGUGCAGGGGAAGUACGUCAUGAAUGAGCAAGUAGUGGGUUCCCAGAAUGUGAGUGAUCGUACCCUUCGCGUGCGGGAAGGCAAGGUGCAUGAACGCGCCAAAAAGGCAUGCCCUCAUCGUGUUGUCUUCGGAGAAGAAGUACCCGAUCAAAGCCCAGCAUCAGCCUUCAAGAUCAUACCAGACAAUACUCCAAAGACUAUCUUCGUAUUCAAGUACACGCGCCUGGACAUCCUGCAAGCAAUGGGAGUGGCACCACGUACAUCAAUCGUGGCAGACACAGAGACAGAGAUAGAUGAUCAUAACGAUGACAAUGAAGUCAUGGAUGGGCCUGAUGAGUCUUUGCCCUCAGAGGAUGUCAAGCCACUGGCAAGGAUUCGAGAGCUAGAGAUGGAGCUUCAGCGCUUGCGUGCACAAGUAGAGGAUCAGAAGCCCUCGCUUGUCAAGUUGGAACACGGGGGAUCGCGACGGAAACCCGCUGUUAUGGAGGUUAUUGAUCUCACUGAGGAUUAGUUUCUCUUUUCUUGGGUUCAGGCUUAUAUCCCUCCGUUCCGAGAUGUGAAGCACGCUACAUCAAUAGUUUCUGUGUGGUUCGAAGUAGUCAUCAUCAUUAUAUAUGUGUAUAGGUGCAGAACUUUAAAACUCUGUCGCAACGAGUCCUGACGUUACGCUUACGACUUGAGUAAUACUUUUGUGUAUGUACUGUUAGUACUACGCCUUGUUCUACAACCACUCUAUAAUGGCCUUCCAAGUCGUAUAUAGACUUCAUAUAAUAACAGCUUGCACUCCGAGGUUUCAGAA